AUGUCGGACAACAGACUACAAGAAUUGGAUGAAGCUAUAGCACCUAUAAAAUGGGAUGUCAUAGGUCUUUGUGAAGUAAGAAGAAUAGGAGAAGAGAUAAGAGAAUACGAGAAAUACAUUUUUUAUUCUUAUGGAAAACAAAAAGGGAUAUAUGGAAUGGGAUUUCUACUAAAGAAAUAUUUAAAAGAUAAAAUAAUUAAAUUCCAAGGAAUAUCAGAUAGAAUCGCCGUUCUCAAUAUUCAAUUAAGUGAAUCUAAACAACCAUGGUCCAUUAUUCAAGUACAUGCACCCACAGAACAAGAUGAAAAAUUAACAAAAGAUACAUUUUAUAAAGACAUGACAGAAUUAACGCAAAAGAAGAACAUAAUUAUCAUGGGAGACUUCAACGCUAAGGUUGGUAGGAAAUCAAACAAAGAUGAAUUUGUCUUAGGAGAGUACUGUAAUGGUGACAGAAAUGACAACGGACAAAGGCUAAUAGAUUUUUCUUUGGCUUACAAUUUUAAAAUAAUGAAUAGUUUCUUCAAAAAACGAAAGUCGAGAAAGUGGACAUGGUUAGCGCCAAAUGGCAUAGAUAGAAAUGAAAUUGAUUUUAUACUUACGAGAGAAAAACAUAUAUUUAAUGACAUUGAAGUACUUAAUAAGUUCAAUUUUAAUACAGAUCAUAGAAUGGUAAGAGGAGUUAUUCAAGACAGGAACAACAAAUCAAGAAAACAUAUUAUACACUCAACCAUGAACAAAACAAUAACAUCCCCAAUACCACAAAAUAUAUUGAAUGAUCUAGAGACAACAUUAAAUGGAAUGAAAGAUUCUCAAACAUUGCAAGAGAAGUAUAAUUUUUUGAAAAUAGAACUUAUAAAUAUAAACAAAUCGAGUGUGAAAAAUGAGUUUGGAGAAGAAACAUUAAAAUUGAUGAAAGAGGAAAUGUUAUACAAACGAAAAGAUAAUAAACAAAAUAUUGCAAAUAUUAGUAAGAAAAUUCAAGAAUCGAUAAGAAAACAUAAAAAAGCAGGAAGACUAGAUAUUUUGAAAGAACAAAUAGAAAAAACAGGCGGAAUUAAAAGAGGUCUAAAACAGUUAAAAGAAUAUACACAAUGGAUACCCAACAUGAAAACUAAACACAAGGGGAAAGAAGAUACCAUUACAACAAAUAGACUAUCAAUAGCGAAAGUAGCGACAGAUUUUUACAAAAACUUAUACACGGAGACAGACAGAACAACGUCAGAAGAAGAAGAAAAAGAAGCUUACGAAGCAGAAGAAAUACCUUGUAUACUAGAAUCUGAGGUCACACAGGCUAUAAAAUCACAAAAAAGUGGAAAAGCUCCUGGAGAUGAUAAAAUAUCUAACGAACUACUUAAACAGGCUCUACCCGCGAUAACCAAAUAUGUGACUCUUCUUUUUAAUGAAAUAAUAGAAACUGAACAAAUACCCAUUCAAUGGACGAAAUCAACCAUCAUCCUAGGUACUACACAAAAAAGGUGA